AUGAAGGAGGUCCUCUCCGUUGCAAGCACAAUUAAUCGCAUGACGAGGGGGGCCUUCGACCCAGCUGUUCUGCCUCUGGCACAACACUACAAAAGGAACACAGCACCACCAUCAGAAGAGCUUGUGAGUUACAGCAAGUGGUCCUCGUUCGAGAUCACGGAUUCGGCGAUAACAAAGAAGCACGCUGGGGCCAUGAUGGACCUGUGCGGCUUGGCGAAGGGUUGGGCCAUUGAUGAGAUGGCGAAGAAGUUGACCGAUGCAGGCUUCCCAGCUAGUUAUGUGGACUGGGGUGGAGACAUCAAAGUCACUGGUCAGCACCCCGCGGGACGGAAUUGGACUGCUGCUGUCUUGGAGCCGCACCCACUGGAUGCGCUCGAGGUUCAAGCAGGCCAAGUACCGAAAGAUCACUUGGCGCACGUAGAGCUACGCUGCGGCCAAGCAAUUGCUACAUCGGGCGACUACCUGCAGGCGUUGAGAACAGGCGUUUCCCACAUCCUGGAUGCCCGGAAAGGGUCGCCGAUGUCGAUCACCGCGGAGUCCGUAGCCAGCUCCUCCGUGGUCACUAGCUCAUGCAUGCUUGCAGAUGCCUUAGCCACAGCUUCCAUGGCAGUGGGCUCCAUCAAGGACGCUCGGCAAUUGUUGGACAACUUCCGGGGAGCCGAGUUGAAGGACCCGGUCCUGGAUUACCUGCUUUAUUCACGUCUGGGACCCCGCGUAGUGCGGCUGAAGAACCCAGGUGCGGAGGAGAAGGCUCACCAAGAGCUGCGGCACGAGGGCCAUGAGGAGGCGCACGUGGUCAUUGUGGGGGGUGGCCUUGCCGGCGUCAGUGCUGCAGUGGAGGCGGUGAAGGCCAAAGCCAGGGUCACCUUGCUUGAGAAGGAAAAAGACCUGGGCGGCAACUCCGCUAAGGCAACGUCUGGCAUCAAUGCCUGUGGCACUCGCGUCCAGAAGGCCAGUGGCGUCUCUGAUGACUGCCGAUACCUGGAGCGGGACACCUUUGUUUCUGCGAAGGGGGGUACCAGUGACGUGGGCUGUGUAUCCAUGCUCUGCUCAAAGAGUGCAGAAGCCAUCCACUGGUUAAUUGAUGAGCUGGGAGUGCCUUUGACGCAGCUUUCACAACUCGGAGGCCAUGCCAAGAAGCGGACUCACCGCUGCCCGCCGAAGGCUGAUGGCACCCCUGUGCCAGUGGGAUACACCAUCAUGCAGCAUGCCCGGGCUGCCGCAAACGCCCUCCCUGGCAUCGAUGUCAAAACGCAGUGCGCAAUGAAGCAGCUCUUGCAAAGAACCUGCGAGGAUGGCAGCACAGAAGUCUACGGCGUGGAAUAUGAGGAUGCGCAGGGUGAGCGUCACUCGCUUCCCUGCGAUGCGGUGAUCCUGACCACUGGUGGCUUUGGCUUCGACAAGAGUGAGGGAGGUCUCAUGCAGCAAUACCGGCCUGACCUUGUCGGGGUCCCGACGACCAACGGCUCGUUUGCCAACGGCGACGGCAUGAAAUUGGGGGCUGAGGUUGGCGCCAGCCUCAUCGACAUGGACAAGGUCCAACUUCACCCGACGGCCUUGAUUGAUCCCAAGGACCCCUUGGCACACACCAAGUACCUGGGCCCUGAGGCCCUACGCGGAAGCGGGGGCAUCUUGCUGGACCAGCAGGGACGCCGCUUUGUAAACGAGUUGGAUUUGCGGAGUGUGGUGAGCCAGGCAAUCCUGGAGCACUGCGAGGAUUACAAAGUAGAAGGCAGUACCGAGAAAGGAAGACCCUGGAGCUGGUGCGUCUUAAACAAGGAGGCACAGGAGAAGUUUGGUUUGCCUAUGCUCAACUUCUACCGGUCGCAGGGCCUCUUCGAGGAGACGCAGAAUGGCACACAGGGUUUGGCGGAGCUUUUGGGAUGCCCAGAGGAGACGAUCAUUGAGACGCUGAAGACCUACAGCAGUGCUUGCGACACCAAGAUUUGCAAAAACACAGGGAAGACAGUCUUCCCGUCCAAGCUCACAGAGUCCGACACCAGCUUCGUAGUAGCACGGAUCACCCCCUGCAUCCACUACUGCAUGGGCGGACUUGAGAUUUCUCCCGCCGGCGAGGUCCUCACCCGCAAGGAUGGUGCUUUAGGUAAGCGCUCCAAGAUACACAGGCUCUUUGCGGCGGGCGAGUGUACGGGUGGCGUGCACGGUGGCAAUCGCUUAGGGGGGAACUCCUUGUUGGAAUGUGUGGUCUUCGGGCGGAUCGCUGGGGAGAAGGCGGCAGCCGUCAAUCAGAAAGAGCCAGGAAUGUUGACCAAGGGCGCCUGGCUCCCAGUGAAGCUGCGAGAAAUCCGGGACACAGAUGAGAAGUAUGGCCACAACACAGCCGUUUAUCGUUUCGAGCUCCACGGAUCCAUGCAGACGACCGGCCUGGAAGUGGGAAGGUACGUCGGCAUCCAGGGCGAGGUCGACGGUGAUACUGUGACUGGCUUCUACAGCCCUAUCUCGCGGCCAGAGGACUCGGGCGUGAUCGACAUCCUUUGCCGGACAGACGACAAGGGUGGCCCCAUCGUAGGCUUGCUGACCUCCUUGCAGCCGGGCUCCAGCUGCAUGAUGGCCGGCAUGGGGGGUGUGAAGCUGAAGCCAGGAGGAUGUGGGGAUGCACUGUUCACGUACCUCAACCGUGACAUCCGCAAGCUAAGCCUGCUCUGCGGGGGCACUGGCCUGGCCCCUGCGGUCCAGAUCGUGCGGAGUUGGGUGAAGGCGGUGGACGCCUUAGGGGAGCUUCCGGACCCCAAGACGAGCGGAGUGCGAAUUGUUUAUGCCGCGGAGAGCCAUGGGGACCUAGCCUUCGUCUCAGCCCUGGAGGGCCUCAAAGAGCGCUUCCCCCAGCAUAUCAAGUACUACCUGGUCUUGAACAAGCCGCCUCGUGGUUGGACCAUGGGCGUGGGCUUCGUGGACGCAGAAGUCAUCCGUCAGCGCCUCUGGUUCCCCGCUUCUGAGGAUCACGUUUGCGUCAUGUGCGGUCCGCCCAUCUUUGAGAAGAUCAUGUGCUCAACUCUGGCCAAGAUGGGCUACGACAGGGAACAAUAUUAUUCUUUUGCUGACCCAACUGAGUGCUAG